UUUUUAUAUUCACAGAUUUUCUAAAUUCCAUCCGCGCUCCACUGUUGAGACGCUAGUGAAUCCUUUCGCCUCCGUAGCCCUAUCUGAAUUUUAAUCAUGAAGGUCUUCAAGGACAUUUUCAGUAAUGAUGAAAUGUUCACCGAUUCAUACAAGAUCAAAAUCGUUGACGACGUCGUGUAUGAAGUUUACGGCAAGCACAUUUCUCGGCGGGAAGGCGAGGUCAUACUAGCAGGCUCGAAUCCAUCUGCUGAAGAAGCUGACGAGGGAACCGACGAAGGUGUUCAAUCUGGGAUCGACAUCGUUUUGAAUCAACGUCUGGAGGAGAACUUUGCUUUCCAGGAUAAGAAGGUCUUCACGGGAUAUCUCAAGGAUUACAUGAAGAGAUUGGUGGCGAAGUUGCAAGAAACGAAUCCUGAACAAGUGGAUGUCUUCAAGACAAACAUUCAGAAGUUCACGAAGGAGAACCGAUUCUUUCUCUUCAAGUGCUUCCUCCUGCUGAAGAAUUUCUCGGAUCUGAAGUUCUACACCGGCGAGUCCAUGGAUACCGAUGCUGGCCUCGGCAUCUUGGACUACAAGGAAAUCGAGGGUGAAGAAUUCCCCGUUAUGUAUUUCUUCAAGCAUGGCUUGGUGGAAGAAAAAUACUAA